GUUCUCAAGGAAUUGGGUCAACAUGUCGGACCUUUUGAGUCAUGUGAAGUUGUUCAAAUAGCGACUCAAGUUGUGUCUGGAAUCAACUACUUCGUAAAAGUAAAAGUAGGAGAAAAUUGUCAUCAUGUUCGUAUUUAUGAGACAUUACCUCAUGCCGGAAACUUAAUGUCCAUACAUUCUGUGCAGAAGGAUAAGCAUCAUGAUGACAGAUUGAUCCUAGUCGUAUGA